CAACAGUCGACCGACUAUGUACAUGUUUAUAACAAUGACAAUCAUAUAACAUCUGCCAACAUCUUGUCGGAAAUAACAAAUAUUCCUAGUUUGUCGAGUUGUAGUGCUAUGUGCAGGAAGAGGGCUGAUUCUGUCUCCUUCUUCUACAAUUUUGGCAUUAAGAAAUGUAUGUGUACAGGACAGGUACAACAUAGUGACCUUCUACCAUUUGUAGGAUACGUGCAUUUUUCUUCGUCAGAACUCUCGAUUUGGAAAGUGUUUGGAAAAUCCCACUAUCUACAUAUCAAGAAACAAAUAAAAUGGUUAGACGCACAGAUUGAAUGUCAAGAACUUGGGGCAAAAUUAGCAGAAAUAGAGACAUUGGAAGAAAAUAUUUUUCUGAAGAGCAUCGCAAGGGAGAAUAACUAUGGCAACACAUUUAUCGGAGGAACAGAUGCCUUCUCUCAAAACAGAUGGAGAUGGUCAACAACAUUUCAACCGGUUAACUUCAGUGAUUGGGCACCUAGCAAGCCUGAUACAUCGGGAGGUGAUGAAUGUAUGGGUUUAUCUGCUAACUUUGACAUGCUGUGGGAUGAUAUGGACUGUGAUGCAAAUCAAGCUUCUUUCAUGUGUGAGCGGUUAAUUGUUUGAGCGCAAAUAAAUUAACAAGAUCUUAUCUAUAUGAACCUACCUAGAAAGAACUAUAUCUUCGUGAAAUUUGUUUAUUAUAAUAUACAUUUGUCGGAUCAGAUCUUCAAUGUGAUUUCAAGAUUGGAACUUCACUGAAUAAAUCAUUGAG